GGAAUUGGUCAGUGACCUCCUUGGGAACGUUGAAUGCCACGUGCACCAUCCUGAAAGCAAACUGUAUGGUUCCACGAAUUCUGCAUGAUUGACGUCUAUUGCCGGCUUGAAGUUUUGUCUGUGGAGAAAAGUAAAUCGAUUUUCUAGAUAGGCUGUCAGAGAUUUUUAUAUCAUUUUGUGAUUGGAAAAUCAAGCCCUGAAUAUAUAUGACCACGGUCCCAGUUUGGAAGCUGCUAAGUCCUCAACCUUUGCUCAGUCAACAAAGUUAUCAUUACUUAUUCAGUUAGACACCAUAAAUCCAGUCAAACACGGUGUGCGUCAGUGCAAGGCUUGGGAUCUUCUUUUGUGUGGUUGACUUGAAACAUCAAAUUGAGUUUAAGGAUGAACGAGUCUGGAAUCGAUGUGGCUGCUGCCACCAAGAACCUCCUCACUUUGUAUAGUGACAUGAACACAGAAGAGAAAGUUGGCUUUUACAACUCUUGGGCAGAGGACUAUGAAAAGUAUAUGAGUGUGAUGGAGUACAACGCCCCCAAGUUCAGUGUGGAGACCAUAGCUUCUGUGUAUUCAGAAGAUCGAAGCAGUGCACUGGUUCUCGAUGUGCCCUGUGGAACAGGGAUGGUGGCUGAAGGAUUGCAGAAACUGGGCUUUAAGAACUUCCAUGGAAUGGAUGGCAGUGAAAAAAUGCUGAAGAUAUCUGAAUCCAAAGGGCUGUACCAAAAGCUGACACAUUGCCUGGUAACUGGAGAGAAACAACUGCCCAUACAAGAAGGUACCUACGACUUAGUGAUGAUUGUUGGUGGACUGGCCCGGCAACAUCUCCCAUGGGAUAUCCUUCCAGAAAUGCUGAGAGUCACCAAAACAGGUGGGCUUAUCUGUUUCACACUGAGGGCUGAGGAGAGCGACCACAGAAGUAAACUGCUCGCUUCAGUCCAAGAGUUGCUGAAGAAGGGGCUGUGGGAGGAAGUUGUGGAGCGAUAUGUCGAGAAGUGGCAGAAGGACAUGCUGCCCACAGGGUUGGCCGAAGAAUACACUGAUGGCACCGUGGCUGUCUACAGGAAGAAGUAACCCUGUGACUUAUGACAGGAUUACACAAGAGAGAGGGCACUGACAAAAAUACGCCCAUUCAGCCCAGCUGUUCCCUGCCAGCAUUUAUCUUCUACUUCUAUCUCCUCCACAAUCUCCUCAUCUAAAUCCAUCACUGUUCCCCUUGUCCCUCACAAACUAGGCCCUUCACUGUGUCAUUCAAUUCCACCUCUCUCUGGGGUAGUAAAUUCUACAUUCCACUACCCUCCUAAGAAAGAAAUUUCUUCUCAAUCAAUUUCCCAUUGAAUUUCUUGGUUACUGUAUUACAUGGAAUGCCUUCUGUUGUGCUCUUGCUUACAAGUAGAAUCAAUUUCUCUGCACCCUCUCUCUGAAUUUCAAAGACCUCUAUUAGGUCACCCCUCAGCCUCCUUUUCCUGAGAGGAAAGACAGCCUGUUCUGUUCAUCCCCAUCAACCUAUCCCUUGAGACCUUUAAUACUGAAUCCAGAAUGCAGUCAGUGACUGAGCCACAGAUGUCAGAGAUAGAGAAUCUAAGGAUUCACCAGAUUGUCUAACUGACCUAUCCCUAAUUUUAAGAUUGUGACCACUAAUUCCUGUUUCCUCGGCCGUAGGAAACAUUCUCUUUGCACCUACCCUGUUGAGGCCCCUGAGAACUUUGUGUAUUUCAUUCAGGCCAUGCCUCAUUCUUCCAAACUUUAGAGAACAGGGGCCUAGGCUGCUCGAUCUCUCCUUGUACAACACGCCCACCCUCCCAGGAACCAGUCUAGUUAACCUUCACUGAACUCCCUCUAUAGGAAGUAUAGCCUUUUUUUUUAAGAUGAGGUUCCAAAAUUGUGCACAGCACACCAAGUUUGCUCUCACCAAGAUCCCAUAUAAUGUGGCAAGACAUCUCUACUCUUGUGCUCAAGUCCUCCUGCUGAAAAGGCCAACAGAUCACCUGCCUUCCUAAUUACCAGCUGCAACUGAGUGUUAGCUUUCAAUGACUUGCAGACAAUGACUCCCUCGUCCUUUUGAACAUCAACAUUUCUCAAUCUCUUCCUAUUUAAAAAAUACUCAACAUUUCUGUUUAUUUUCCCCACCAAAAUAGAUAACCUCAUAUCUUUCUACAUUGUGUUCCAUCUGCCAUAUUGUUGCCCAUUCAUGCAGCUUCUCUUCAUCCCCUUGAAGUCUUUAUGCACCCUCAUCACUACUCACAUCCCCAGUUAGUUUCAAGCCAUCAGCAAACUUGGAAAUGUUACACAGAGAAUUACAGCACGGAAACAGGCCCUUCAACCCAACUCGACUAUGCCCACCAAUGUGUCUUCCUGAGCUAGGUCCUUUUUGCAAUGUCAUGGAUAUUGAUUAUAAACAGUUGGUGCUCAAGAUCUAAUUCUGACAGCACCUCCACUAGUCACAGCCUGGCAACAAGAGAAGAACCAGUCAAUCAAUCGAUGUUAGUACAUUACCCCAACGUUCCAGCCUUGUUCACUAACCUCCUGUGUGGAACCUUGUUAAGAGCCUUCUGAGAAUCUGAAUCCAACAUGUGACCUGGCUUCCCCUCAUCUACUCAGACAUAACCUCCAAGAACCCCAAUGGAUGAGUCAAACAUGAUUUCUCUUUCAUAAGUCCAUGUUGAUUUUGAUUAUUAUUUUCUAAGUGCCUUCACAACACAUUCUUAAUUCUGGGUUCCACCAUUUUCCCUACUACCAAUGUCAGGCCAUCAGGUUAGUAGUUCCUUAUUUUCUCUGUCUCUCCUUUCUAAAUAGCAGAGUCACGUUUGCUUCCUCCCAAUCUAUAGGAAACAUUUCAGAAUCAAUAGAAAUUUUCAAGGUGAUAACCAAAGCACUCACUAUCUCUGUAGCCACACCCUUCAAAAUGUUGGGAUGUAGAUCAUCAGGUCCUUGGGAUUUAUUAGUUUUCAGACUCAUUAAACUCUCUGGUAGCAUUUCUUUACUAAUGCUUAUUUUGUUUUUAAUUUCCUCAUCUUCAUCUGAUAGUCCAGUACUUCUGUGAGUUUUAUUUAUAUUUUUAUCUGUGGAGGCAGACACAAAAGUAUUUGUUUAAUUUCUCUACCAUUUCCCUUUCUCCUGAUACAAAUUCUCCCUUCUUUGUAAAGACCCACAUUUGCCCUUGUUGUUUCUUUUCCUUUCAACGCAUUCUAAGCACGGUAGCGUAGCGGUUAGCGCGACGCUAUUACAGCGCCAGCGAUCGGGGUUCGAUUCCCGUCGCUGUCUGUAAGGAAUUUGUACAUUCUCCCAUGUCUGUGUGGGUUUCCUCCGGGUGCUCCGGUUUCCUCCCACAUUGCAAAGACGUACGGGUAGGUUAAUUUGGGUGUAAAAUGGGCAGCGCGGACUCAUUGGGCCGAAAGGGCCUGUUACCACGCUGUAAAUAAAAUUUAAAAAAAAAAUUUUUUUAAUUUAAUAGAAGCUUAGUUUCUGUUAUUAUGUUUCUCAAUUGUUUACUCUCAUAAUCUAUUUUUCCUUUCCUCACCAAUUGCAUGGUUAUACUUUGGUGAAUUCUGACAUGUUCUUAAUCCUCAGACUUCUUGCUUUUCCGGGCAACUUUAGUUCCUGUGAUAGCACCUCCAUGAUAGAGGACAGGAAGUUCUGGGAGGCUGUGCUGUCUGUGGUCUUACUGUCAUACAGACUGGCAUAGAAGGAUCUGUAGAUCCUCACUAUGUCUGCCUGUGAAAAUGUUACUGAAUCAUCCUCUUUCUUAAGGCUGUGGAUCACAGAGCUUCCCCUGUGAACCUUUUGGAAGAAGUGUGAGCACGUCUCAUCCUGCUCCAGGCAUUUUCCUUCAAUUUAGUACUAUCUAUAAUUUCUCUGGUACUCCAUGGUUGGAUCACUUUUCCUGUUGUGUUUGAGUGCCUUAAAAGGAAGGUGUAUUUGUUGCAAAUCAUGUACUAUUUCUUUAGUUGCUAGCCAUUUAAUGUAGUUUCCCAAUCUUUUCCAACCAACCUACCCCUUAUACCUUCAUAGUUUGCCUUGUUUAGGUUGAACAUCACUUUCAAACCUAAUAAAAAAUUACAGUCAUUCUUUCCUUGGGGCCUUGUCACAGUGAACCUCUUUAACAGUUUGUCUUUAUUUCUGGAGAUGGAGAAGAUACAACCCUGGACUGGUGUAAGGAAUUCAUCUUAGUUCACGUGCUGAAGGAUAUAACACGGCUCUUGUGUUUCAUGUAGGCCAUUCUGUAGGCUCUGGGGUGUCCUAUUUAACUCCUUUCUCACUGCACAAUACUCAAUCUAAGUGAGUCCAUUUUCAUGUCAUUUCCUCAACGUGCUGAUCUAGAAAUCCAUCUUGUAUACGUUCCAGGAAUUUACUUCCUGCACUGUUGGUGCUAACUUGAUUUGUCCAGUCUAUAUGUAGAAUAAAGUACCCAUUGUUUACUGUC